AAGAUUAACUCACAUCCUUUUGUUUUCCAGCUAGUUGUGUCCCAUCAACAUGUUCUGGAAGUUCGAUUUGAACACAACAUCACACGUGGACAAGCUGCUGGAUAAAGAAGAUGUGACGCUUCACGAGCUGAUGGAUGAAGAUGACAUCUUACAGGAGUGCAAGGCUCAGAACCGCAAGCUGCUGGACUUCCUCUGCCAGCAGCACUGCAUGGAGGAGCUGGUCACCCUCAUCACACAUGAGCCGCCUGUGGAUAUGGACGAGAAGGUCCGCUUCAAGUACCCAAACACCGCGUGCGAACUGCUGACCUCGGACGUGCCGCAGAUCAACGACAAGCUGGGAGGGGAUGAAACUCUGCUGAAUAUCCUCUACGACUUCUUGGAUCACGAGCCUCCUUUGAACCCUUUGCUUGCCAGUUUCUUCAGUAAGACUAUUGGGAAUCUCAUUGCAAGAAAAACUGAACAGGUGAUUGCGUUUUUAAGGAAAAAAGAGAGAUUCAUUAGCCUGGUGCUAAAGCAUAUCGACACGUCAGCAAUGAUGGACCUCCUGCUUCGCCUCAUCAGCUGCGUGGAGCCCGCAACUCUCCGGCAGGAAGUCCUGAAC